CCACAAUUUCCUGAACAAGACAAAACGAAUUUUCCGACAAUAACACAACUCGCGGCUGCGAGUAUUGGAUGAAUAUUCUCAGGUCGCACAGAUAUCAAUGUCCUUGUAAUCUGGUACAAUUACAUCUAAGGGUUGGCCCAACGGGCGGAUCAAGUGGGAUGGUAUAGUACCUUUGCGACAACGCUUCGGUUCCCUGCUAUGUUUCUCUCAACCUCAAUCCUCGAUGCUGCGACGACGACAGUCCUCACUCCACCGAGUCUGAUAUCAGCUACUCCAUUUGCAAACUUUGGGAGUCCAGUGUACGAGUUGGAGGACGGAGAUUCGCAGUUGCAGAGAUGGAGCUCGUUGAUCGGCAUCAUUACAGCGAUUAUCGGCAACAUAUUAAUAUCCUUCGCCCUCAAUAUCCAGCGCUAUGCACAUAUAAGAUUACACGAAGAGCAGAGUCAUAGGAGGGAAAAGUUGAAGAGCAUACCAAAAAGCGCGGGCGGGUAUGGGACAACGGGGACGAAUGGCCAUGUUACAGAGGUCAAUGGUCAGAAUGGAGAGGAGGCAGAUAAUACUCUGCAAUCCUCAUUCAGUUCCAGAAGUACUGGCUGUGGUGAUGAGGACCAUAAGGAAGAAGUGACAUAUCUGCGGUCGCCGUAUUGGUGGGGAGGGAUUGUGUUGAUGACGAUUGGAGAAGCUGGGAAUUUUCUGGCAUAUGGAUUUGCUCCAGCUUCGAUUGUCUCUCCUUUGGGAGUGGUAGCUCUGAUAUCGAACUGUGUCAUUGCUCCUAUCAUGCUGAAGGAGCAAUUCCGGAUGCGAGACUUCUGGGGGGUAGUAGUUGCGGUGGCUGGUGCUGUUACAGUGGUGUUGAGUGCGAAGCAGGAGGAGAAGAAACUUGGACCCCACGAGAUAUGGGGUGCCAUAACGACGUUGGAAUUCGAAGUUUAUCUUGCUGUUACUAUAUUUUUGAUCGUCGUGUUGAUGUGGGCUAGUCCAAAGUACGGCAAUAGAACAAUAUUGAUCGACCUUGGACUAGUGGGACUAUUUGGAGGUUAUACAGCCCUCUCGACGAAAGGUGUUGCCUCGAUGCUUUCUUCAACACUUUGGAGAGCUUUAACAACACCUGUUACAUAUGCUCUUCUGCUUGUCCUUGUUGGUACCGCCGUGAUGCAGGUCAGAUACGUCAACAAGUCGCUCCAGCGAUUCGACUCUACCCAGGUCAUUCCUGUACAAUUCGUUAUGUUUACUUUGUCGGUUAUCAUUGGAAGUGCGAUAUUGUAUCGCGACUUCGAGAAGACUACACCCGAGAGAGUGGUGAAGUUCAUUGGAGGCUGUCUUCUAACGUUCUUUGGGGUAUUUUUAAUCACCAGUGGGCGACCCAAUCGAGAUGAGGAGGACGAGGAAUCUGAUGAAGAAGGGGAGGAGCGGAUUGGCUUGCUCAACCAGGAGCACAAUGCCGAGGAGAACGAUCCCCAAGGUACAUUACGGAGAUAUAGUUCUGCAAGACCACUCGUUCAGAACGGAGGCGAUGCGGCGAACGACGAAGAGUCUAUCAGCACUCGAAGGUCAUCUCGAGUCAGUUUCGCGGACACAACGUCCAGACCGAAAACACCUCAACGAUUUUCAAACUCAUCCGCUCAGCCCUCGGCUCGGGUCGUGCCGCCAGAGGGUGCUCCCGAGAACGCACCACUUCUUAGCAAUCCUUGGUUGAACUCUUCAGACGACUUCCUCUACGCAGCACGACAUCCGGGGUUACCUACCACGACAUCAUCUCCCGUGUUACCAACAGAGGCUCAGACCUCGACAGAAUCUCUCAGGCCACCAUCGGGUCCGUCGAGAACGAUAUCACAAGGUCCGGUCCACACCCAUCCGAAUCAUCAAACAGGACCUACACCACCUCAAGGAGACAGGCCAAUGACCCCAGCACGGCAUUCGAUAGCACGAAUGCUGCCUGGGCCAUUGUUGUCUCCCCUUUCAGGCGGCCUAGCAGCGGUAGUGGCAGACUCGAUCCGUCGAGACUCUUCUAUACGAAGGAGUUUCCGACGGCCCCGCCUGGGUCUGCGAAGAACGAAGUCAGGAUCGCAUAGGUACUCCCAAGCCACCGAUGGCGAAGAUGACGAAGCCGUAGAAACGCCAACAAAGGACGACGAUGGAGAGCCAGAUUACAGCAAAUCGCUCGGCACAGAGCGACAGACAGAAUGGUCACGCUUGACGCGAGCGAGGAGUCUAAGCAAUACUCUGGGAGAUUUAUUCGGCAGGGGGAAAAGGCAGAAAUUGGAUAGGCCGAAUACGGCUGGGGAGGAUGAAGAGGCUGGUCCUAGCGGAUCGUGAUGUAUGUAUGGGUUGGUUGAGGACCGGAGUUCUGGAUAAGCAUAGGCGUGUGUUGCAUAAGAUUCGUAGAGUUCAUGUACAAUUUGACUAGUUUAAAAAGUUCGAGCCUUUUGGAUAUUCUGGAUGUCGCGGACACUGAAACUAACUCUAACCCAGGCAACACUUAGUAG